AUAGUCGGAUCGUACGAUAUUUGUUAUGCGUCUGCUACUGCUGGUCGCUGUGACCGAAAAGUCUAACAAAGUUACAGAGCAGAGUAGGAAAAAACUUGAACAAAAUAAUGGCAGGGAUACGAGACAAAUAUGAGGACAUUCUGGACCCCCGACGGAAAGGAUCAUCCAUCCGGUUCGCAUUGCAGACAUUGCAAAAUCUACCAGAAUACAAGCAUAUGCGCCGACAGACCCCCAAAGAAGUAAAAGAAGAGGUCCUAAAGUCUCAGAGAUUAAGGCAUGUUAUUGAACAGCUUGUAUCAGAGAAAGGUUUAGAGGAGGAUGUAAUCUACAAGGAAGCAGAUGCCAUCCUAGAGGAGAUGGGUCACAACCUCAACAUGACAACGCUGCGUUCCUUAGCAACCAUUUUUGCCAAAAUCUUUUGUAAACUCUUCAGGCACGUUUACGUCAACCAAAGUGGAAUUCAAAAGAUGAGAGCAAAGAUGAAGGAUACUCCGGUUGUGCUUCUGCCAACCCAUCGUAGCUAUCUGGAUUUUCUUCUGAUGUCUUACAUCCUCUUCCACUUUCAUCUUCCUCUUCCUUAUAUUGCUGCCGGAGCAGAUUUCAUGCAUAUGAACUUUGUCGGUGAGAUCUUGAGGAAGUGUGGUGCAUUCUACAUCCGACGAUCGUUCGGCUCGGACCGUCUCUACUGGGCGAUCUUCACCGAAUAUGUCCAGAUAAACCUCAGCAACAGCGAAGGUCCUCUGGAAUUCUUCAUCGAAGGAACCAGAAGCCGCACAGGAAAGUUUUUAUCGCCCAAACUAGGGCUGCUGUCUGUUGUUAUUGAACCAUUCCUAAAGGGUGCGGUUCCCGACGUCACCCUUGUGCCUAUUAGUAUGAGCUAUGAGAGGAUAGUAGAGGAGAAACUACAUGCCCAAGAGAUGUUAGGCAUACCUAAACCUAAAGAAUCAACUUCAGGUUUGGUGAAAGCUAGGAGUAUUUUUCAAGAGGAUUUUGGAAGCAUAGUUGUUCAUUUCUGCGAUUCCAUUUCUUUGAGAGAUCAGAUGAAGUCCAUUGAUCGAUCAAGGCAUAAUCUUAUUCCAAGGUUCAUGUUCUCUGUGACCCCAGAAGAGCAUGCAACAAUAGGCAGCGUUGCCCAGGCCGUACAGGAGGUGCAACGGGACCACAUCAUCAUGUCACCGUGGGUGCUGUGCGCAGCAUGCCUGCUUCAACAACCCGAUUCCUACAGCGUAAGGGAACUCACAAGCCAAGUGACGUGGCUCAAGGACAUGGUCAGGCAGUACAGGAUUCAAGUGGACUGGCCAAUUGGUAGGGGGUCACAUGACAUCAUCAAUUCAGCAUUCAAGAUUCACCACAGCCUCAUCAAACAGCACAAAGAUGGCCGCGUCGCGUUGAGUCGCUCCCUCUACAGUCCAGAUGCCACUGUAGAUACAUCGACAAUAGAGGGGGUCCUGACACAUGCAGCUGUUCACAUGGACCUAGCCAUGUAUCGCAAUUACCUGGCUGCAUCCCUCGCUACACAGGGGAUGUUAUCCCUUUCUUUCUGUGGCUUGGACAAAUGCUCUCAAGAUGAACUUUAUGAGCAGUAUCAGUUCCUUUUCAAGUUGUUUACUGAAGAAUUUACAUCAAAUCCCAUUCAUUCACAACAGAAAUUUGAGCGCACUCUUGCCAUAUUUGUUGCUUGUGGGACAUUGGAGAGUGACAGAGGAGAAGUGAGAAUAACAACCAAAGGAGAGAGAGAGAUUUCUUUCUUUACCGAGAUGAUGUCACCUUUUCUGCUCGGAUACUGGCUGGUAUGUCAGUACCUGAUGGUGCAUCCCUCAUCGUCUCCUCAAGGUGUUCCUAUCAAACAAAUAGCUAAAGAUAUCCAGAUGAAAAUAGCUACCAUCAUCUCACAAGGUAAAUUGCAUCACUAUGAGAUACUCUCUUUGAAUUUACUGACCAAUGCACUGACUGCCCUUACCCAGAUAGGAAUCCUUGUCAGAGAAAAGAGCAACAACGGGCCUCUCAUCUCAUGGUCUGCAGAGCCAGUAUCUAGGAUUGCAGACAAGAUUAGUGAGUUUAUUCAAGUGCCUACAGACAUUACAUCGUUCUCCCAGAAAGGUGAAGUAGCCCUUGCAGCCAAAUUAUGAAACCCUUCACAAAUUGCACCUUUGACAUUGGUUUCAUGCUUUAAUGAAGCUGAGUUACAGGUAAUCAAGGCAUUCCGUCAAUGAUGAUUGUACAGUUGCUGAUGACCAUGAAGUUUCCACAGAGUAAGAGGCAAGUUUACCAAGUGAUCUGUAAGAGUUUCUACCUCCAAUUUCCUACAGUAGUCUUGUGUGUUGAAAUUGCCACUUGGUCUGCACCCACUUUGUCUACUUUCCAUUUGGUCUCAUCCCACUUGGUCUAAUUAUAGUUCAUGUAUUAAAGGAAAAUGAAACCUUUGGAACAAGAUAGCUUGUGUGAAAACAGAAAAAUCAAAGAAACAGUUCAAGGAAAGUUUGAGAAAAAUCUUAUGAAUAAUAAGAAAGUUGUGAGUAUUUGAAGUUUAAAUCAUUAUUGUAAUGUAGAUCCCCCCAUUGGCAAUGCGACAAGGAUGUGUGAUGUCACAUGUGAACAACUGUAUCGUUACUUACGUAUAUACAUGUAUUUCACUUAAAAUGCCUCUUUUAUCACAUCUAUCAGUAGAUCAUGAAUUCUUUCCAAAAGAGGGCUUGUAAAUACAGAUUUUCAAGGAAUAGAUCAUGGAUAAAGAGUUUGUAUCACCAUAAGAAAGAGCUAAAAGAGGCAGUUUGGGGUAUUUUAUAGUCCACCAAAGGGAAAGUUGUUCACAUGUGACAUCACACAUAUUUGUCACAUUGCCAGUUAGAGGAUCUCCAUAGCAUUAGUGAUCGCAAUAUUCAAAUGCUCAUAACUUUCUCAUUAUUUGUCAGAUUUUUCAAAAAAUUUCUUUGAUCUUAUUCUUUGAUUUUUCUCUUUCCACACAAGCCCACUUGUUCCAAGGGUUUCAUUCCCCUUAAAGUAUUAAGUCUAAUGGCCACUUAGGGCAAUUUACCCUUUGGUCUGAUUUCCAGUUAAACUCUACCCAUUUCUUCAAAUAUCUACUUGGAAUGGACCAAAUGUAGAAUGAAUUUAAACUGGAAUUAAAUAAUUUCAGUCAUUUUGAUUAAUAAUAAAAUCUCAAUUUGUGCAAUUUUAAGUAAGCUCAGAGAAAUUGUUUAUUUAUUGUUAUGAUUUUGUAUUCAUUGAAUUAAUUUCAUACUCCAGUUCAUAGGGAUGGCUUGGAUGUCAACUUUCUUGAAAUGUAUAAGAUCAUGACAGUAACUAUUAAUUCCAAACUUAAUGAAUGAAUAAUAUCCUCACUCUCAUACGUGAUUUGAAGGAGAUGACGAAGGUGCAGAGAUUCAGCUUUUAACUAUAUUUCACAGGGUAUUUAUUGUGUAAUUUUUUUUUCAUCUUUGUAUUUGUAUUUAAUUUUGCGAGUAUACAUUCAUCAUGUUGAUUAUAUGUGAUUUAUUUUAGUAAUAAUAACAGUUGGUUUUUUUAUAGUGCAUAUCGCAUAAUAUAACUAUGUCUGGUGGUGAUUUUUUUUUUUUACCUGAUUGCUAAGAAAGCAUGAAUGCUUGUAAGCAAGCAACCAGAGGACCGACGGCUUAAGGUCCCCUCCGAAGGACCUGGUACUGAAGAUUAAUGCCUUACCAAAGGGCACUAGCGCACCAAGUGGGAAUCGAACCCGGGUCACCGGAAUACGAGUCCCCCGUUCUACCGACUGAGCUAUCGCGCCUGUAUGCACUCAGUAAUGUUGCUGAUGAUAAUAUCCUACUUGUGUCCUAGCUUUUCAUCACUUGAAACAUUAUAAGGGGAUGGGGCAGUUGGACCCCCUGCCCUCCCCAGAGCAGACUUCAAGGAAGGAUAAUGCUGUUUAAAUCAUCCCUUAUUUGAUUGAUUGGAUGCUGAUUUAGCAAACCUGUGAAUUUAAUAUAUUACAUAAAUAAACAAAUUAACAAAAACAGUAAAGGAUGGGAAACAUUAUAGACCCCCAAAGUUUACAGUGUUCUGUUUCUUCUUUUUUUUCUUAAGGUUCACACUUCUCCCUUUUUUGUGUUUUUAAAUACUAAAAAAAAUAUGGUAUUCAGUUAUAGAAUUUUUUAUUAUAUUCCUGUUGUUUAGAAUGUCAAAUUCUGUAAUUGAUCUGUAUAUUUUGGUGGGAUUUAUGCAGGCAAUUAUUUGGAAAUGGUUUGGUUCUUUCAUCAAAAUGUAUGUUUAAGUGUUUGUGUGUGGGCCUUUCUCUAUUAUUAUACAUGUGAUGUAUUGUUAGAUUAAUCUAAAGAGGUUGCACCAGAAUAUUUCAGUAGGGGGUGGGGGUAAGAUGAUCUCUAUUGAAUAUUGAAUAACUGUGGAAAGAUCAGUUAAUGUGACGCGGGCCUCUCGUUUAUUACUCUUCCUUUUUUCUUCCCCUUUUUUCCCCCUUUUCCUUUUUUGUCCACUACUUGAAAAAGUACAGGGGCGGUUACCCCCUGCCCCCACCCCCACCCCGUAGUGCCCAGCUGAUUCACACACUUUCAUAUAUUAACUAAAAUCGUGAAUGAUAUUUCUCAUAGAACAAAACUUAUGAGUACUGAAACAGUUAAAGCUAAUAUAUUAUUGACUUAAUUAAUUGUUCCACCUUUAAGGUAUAUAAUACAGUAUUAUAUAAGAAAAUUAAGAGCUAUAAGUCAUAAAGUAUUAUUUUUUGUUGUAUCUGUCUUAGUUUACCUGGAAACUAUGAACAAUAUGCAUUUAAAAUGCAUUUCAUAUUAUAUUACAAGUUUUCUGUGAAUUGAUUUUUCUACAGUCCUGAGUCAUUUACAGAUUAUUUUGUCAUUGAAAUUUGUGACAUAAUUACAUGUACUAAAAUAGUACAAAAACAGUCGUUACAUGUGCAUUCAAAUGUUCUUGCAGUAUCAUCGCAAUACUGAGUGUUUGUUUCAAGUAUAUAUUUAUGAUUUUUCACCUCAUGUGGGUAAUUUAUGACUCAUUCCUCUAUACUAAUUAUAUGAAUUAUGUUUAUUUUCUUUCAUUAUUUGUGAGCAAUUGAGGACUGAUUCAUUUAUACUAAUUCCACUUAUAUUUUGUUAUUUUAUGUUAUUUGUAUUCAAUCAUGAUGAUAAUAACUGCUCUCUAUAGGAGAGUCUCAUUUGAUGAAUAAAUCAUGUUAAUUUAUUUCUAAU